CGUUCUCUUUUCAGUUCUCCAUUUUCUUCUGGCUGCUUCGGCCUCUUUUUAAAACGGCUUUUGAAACCGCUAUCAUCGCGCGCACGUCAUAAUUUGCCGUUGGCUGAAGUGGUUUUUUUCAUUUCUCGCGCUUUGGUAAUAUUUUAAUUUUGUAUUGUAAAAAACUGUAAAUAUCAUGGCUACUCAUUUUCGAAUUGCUAAAACUGACGAGAAUGAUGCGGUUCAUAUUCAGGCGAAAAAAAUGCUGAAAGAACCGUCAUUAGGAAAACGGGCUGUACUAGGAGAACUCGGUAAUAAAGUUUUAAAGAAUGUUGACAUUAGUAAAAAGAAAGAUGCAAUUGCUUUGAAAAAUACAGACCCCAAUUUCAAACAUGUCAAGGCUCGCGUUGACACACAUUGGAAGAAAAACGAUGCUAUCGUCAAGGCGCAACCCGUUAGUAAACCCGUCACGCGGUCUGAUUCUUUAAAAAAUUUAUCUCAUGCUGGCUUGGGAGCUGCAGUCGGUAAACAAGCCAAUACGGCUAAAUCGAACCUUAGCAUUAAAUCUAAAAUGGUACAUAUAACAAAAGGGGCCGAAAUAAAGAAAGUAAAAGUGAUUAAUCUUAAACGAGAAGAAAGUCAACUCACCAGGCGAUCUUUGACAAAAUUGAAACAAAUAAGAAAACAGUCGAAUGUAUCGUCUUCAUCGUCCACAUCGUCGGAUAGUGGCUCCCAGAACGGAGAUUUUCAUGGACAAGAGAAAUACGACUCGCCUGAUACUCAUUCUCACAAACUACUAGAAGGGAUAGAAAACAUUGAUAUCAAUGAUGCCUGGAAUCCUAUGUUGGUAUCUGAAUAUGUCAAUGAUAUUUACAAAUAUCUUAAUGAUUUAGAAGAUGCAUUUGCUAUAAAAGAAAAUUUUCUCGAUAAUCAUAAACAGAUCAAUCAUAAAAUGCGCACUAUCCUAAUUGACUGGAUUAAUGAAGUUCAUUAUCAAUUUAAACUGGAAAUAGAUACCUACCACAUGACUGUGUCAAUCAUUGAUAGAUAUCUACAGCUGGUAACGGACACUCCUAAAAAAGAACUUCAGUUGGUAGGUGUUACAGCCAUGUUCAUUGCUUCAAAGUACGAGGAACUGUUCCCACCAGAUAUCAGUGAUUUUGCUUAUAUCACAGACGACACAUAUAAAAAACGACAAAUCCUUAACAUGGAAAAACAGAUCGUUAAAACGCUGGGUUAUCACUUGGGUAAACCGUUGCCGACGCAUUUUUUGCGUCGCUUCUCAAAGGCAGCCGUAGCGAAUGACAAGCACCACCUAGCAGCAAAAUACCUCAUAGAACUGGCCAGCAUAGAUUAUACCACGGCACAUUUCAAGCCAUCCGAGAUCGCGGCUGCAGCUUUGUACAUAUCGUUGUAUUUGUUCCCAUUGGCAACGAGCACCGAAUCGAUAGUAUGGACUAAAACCCUCGAACACUACACUCAGUACACUGUUGAACAUUUGACGCCGAUUGUUCAGCGACUGGCAAACGUAGUGAAGAGCACGCCCACCUCCAAGGUGCAAGCAGUUUAUUCCAAAUACCGUUCUAGCAAGUUCGAAAAAAUUUCUAUUCAGCCAGAGUUCCAAGGAACCGAUAUAGAUAAACUUGCUGAAGGAAAACUGUUGCCAUAAAAUGUGACUACUUUGACUCGUGUAUUUAGUUAUUCUUUUAUGUAGGAAAUAGGUGUGACUCAAUCCACUGUUGGUUUAUAUCUUCUUUUAUGAGCUGUAUUGUAGAUUCUACUGCUACUAUUGUUCGUUUUAGUGGGAAGUGGUUUAAUUAAUAUUUAACAAAUUCAAGUAUCCUGCAACAAACACUUUGCACCGCUUCCAACUUUAGCAAGAAAAUUAUGUAAUGAGUCUCGGGGUAGACGCAUUCUAACUAAUACAUAUUUUAGACUGACCAUUUGUAAAA